AUGAUUUCUGACCUGCGAAAAUUGAUCAUCCGUCAAACCGAUAUGGUAAUCAAGGAGCGCAACCGUGAGGAGGGCACUCUGCCUUUGGAUCUUUGGAAAAAGCCAGCUAUGAAAGAGGCUAUCUCCAUAAAGCGACCAACUCUGGCCGACGAAUUCAUAAUGGACUUGAUGUCCUACGCCGUUGAGAACAGUAAGGAUUCUACAUUCGUCUUUAAGUCGGAGAACCUGAACUCGGCCUUGCAGACGUUGGCCCUAUCUGUUAUGAGAAUGCAGCGUGAAGCCUACGAAAAGUGA